GCAAGAUAUAAAAGAGCCUACAACACAGCUGCAGGCAAAGACAGUCAAAGACGGACACUGCCAGUAUCAUCGCUCGUGUGAUUGUGUGAGAUCUACUCACAGUGUCAAGAAAAACUCAUAGAGAUCUUCUAAGGACAUACUUUCACGUCCUCCCAAAUAGAGGUAAGAGGCACAUUCUAAUAUAUACUAAUUACAAAAUUAGUAUAUAUAUGCUCUCUUCCCUGCCUAAUUUUUAUAUAACUUGUUGCAUUACCUGUAUUCAUUUGUGUUGCGAUUAUCUAAAAAAUUAAGUCAUAUAUAAAAAGAAUAAAGAUGAAGAAUAAAAGUGAAAUUAUAAUUUAUAUAAUGUACCAAAAAUUAUUUUAUUGACAAUAGAGAAGUCAAAUCUGGCGAUUAAAAAAAAAAAAAAGAAAUUCCCAACAUAAUAUUUUAAGGCUUAGUACAUUUGUAUUAACUUUAUUGACUUUCUGCUGGAAUGGCUUUAUACCUUUUAUUGGAUUUUGUGAUAUUUCUUUUCAUGUUUGAAAUAAAAUGUUAAAAUCUUUGUUUAUAAAUGUUUGGGGUCAUGAAUUUACAGAAGUGUUGAAGACCAAUCCACCCCCCAAACACAGUUAAUUGCAAACGUCUUUAUAGCAUGUAGACACAUGCACAUGUGGUGAUCAAAUGUAUUUUCUGAUGCAAUAUAACUGGAGGGUUGCUGUAUGAUUGCUCUGUAGAAGUGAAGCUAAUCUCCAGUCAUGCAAAAGUAGGCACCUAUUGGGAGGGAAACCUUAACUGCUUUCAUUGUUAGCAUAUUAUGAACAUAUUCUUUGCAAUACAUAUACUGUAGAUUAUGUGAUUGACUAGGAUAAUACAAUCUUAAUACCAUAUAUUAGAACUACCUUUAGCGUAUAUCAAAGUUGAAUCCAUGCAGUAAUCAUAGUAUCAUGAUUACUGAUAUUUAUACCCUAAACUGGGGAUUGUGGAGAAUUAACGCGAAUAUCACAAAUUAUAGCCCAAAAUUAACACACUGAGUUAGUGAAUUUUUUAAUUCAGCUAUUUUGGUCUAAACAAACUAAUUCCUUGUUAGAUCUUGAGAAUUUACUGAAUGAGUCUUAUCUUGGGAUACAUACAAUGGGAGUGCCUUUUACUGACCAUGAAAUUUCAAAUUCUACGAUAGAAUUUUCAACCUGGAAGAAUAUGUAGAGAUAUUUCUCUAGUUCAAUUAUCUUGUCUAAAAGUGUAAAGAAUUCUUGGAUAAAUAGGAAUAAACCAUAAUGUAUAGUGACCGUUUACCCUUUUAACAUAAAAAAAAAAAUCAUGCAAUAAAACACUACAUUUAGGGUCAGCCACUUGGGUGAAACGUCAACCAUUCAUCGCAGUUUGUGGCAAUAUAAACAAAGAAAUCUGCAUUAUAUAUACCCUUUAUGUCCCAAAUAUUCGAUUUUUAAAAAAUUGAUUAUAAUAAUAAUAAUUAAUAUUACAAACCCUUUAUAAGGCUAGCAUUUUGUUGGGGCAAGUUUCUAAUUAUACAUGUAACAGAGAUGGUCUGUCCUUAGAUGCAAACCAAGGGUCACAUGUCCUGCCUCUCACGAAAUUGCUGACCUAGAAUUGCCAUCGGCUUCAGCCAAGGCAUUAUGGGGAUUAGAGCAUCUCUAGAUAUGCUUGGACCAUAUAUGAUAAAACACAUAUAAGCUAGAUAAAUCAGUUAAAAGCUUAAAGGGUUUAUCUACUAAAGUGAGACGUUAAAGUGAAUUUCAAAUCUGAUGUCAAAAUAGUUGAAUUUAAAAAUGUAUCCAAGUCAGCUAUGCUUCCAAUUGGGCUUAAGCCUGAAAUUAACUUUAAAUUCACAUUGAAUAAGCCUGAAAAUGUAUUACCUUGGUAAUAGUUCAAGGGUUACUAUUGUCCUUUUGAGACAGGGCGCCUACCAGGUGUAAUAUGUUCAAUUGGGCAUUAUAGAGAAUGCACUGUAAAACCUAUAAUAAUACUUUAUUUUUGUGUACGUGUUCAAAUUCAAAAUAAUUUUCUUUAAGUACUAAGAAAGUACAGUGAUUAAAGCCAACUGUAGAUUUCAAUGAAACACUCAAUGAAAACAUAGUUAAAAGGAAAAAGAAACAGAAUUUAGUAUUCAAGUCAAAUAUGACAUUUUUAUUAUCAUAUUACAAAAGUGUGCACAGAAAGUCAAAAAAGUGAAAAGCAGCGUUAAGUAAAUUAAAUGUGAAGAAUGUGGUUAAAAAAAAUACAUUUUAUGGGUUGGUCCCAGGUGCAAAAUAGCAUCUGGAUUCCUUAGACACUAAAUGAAGGUGUAAAGCAGUAAUUAGGGAGUGUUCAGUGUGUUAGUCACUUAAUCUGGGCUUGUGCUCAUAUUAGAUGAUGCAGCAUUCUAUAAUGCCACACUUAGAGAAAACAUUAAAAAUACAUAUUUUACAAAGUUCCACACAACCUGCUCUCUCUUAGAUAUCUGUACUAAUUACUAAAUACUAACUCGGAUCCUUUAUUCUUCUUAUAACCUAAGGCUCACCAUCCCUCAAAUUAAAUCCUGUAUCCUGCACUUACUACUCUUGAUUGAAGAUACCCCAUUCAUCUUAAACUCACUAUCAUACCGUCUCUGUUUCUCUCUCCCUCUAUCUCUCUGUCCCUCCCUCUCAUUUGCAUCUACAAAUGCCUAUUUCUUUAAAGCAAUUAAAAUUAUGCAACAUAUGUUUAUCAAAAAAAUCAGAUAAUGAUAUACAGGGCUAUAGCUGACAGAGAAUUAAUGAGAAUUGUAGUACGACAGCAUUGGGAGGGAUAUAGAUUGUAUUUAUUGGUUCAAACCACAUUUCAAAUCAUCGUAUUAACAUUCCACAUGGAUUUAACUAUUUUAUUUGAGCAAGCUCCCGUUUUGAAUUCUCACAUUGGGAUUUAUUCACUAGACUCACUAUUUUGGUGGAUUUAAUUGCAAAAUUUAGGCAAAUAUAUCUAAUUUGAAGAGAUUUUCCAAUUUGACGAUAGUUACAGUGUGGCUAUUUAAGCCUUUAUAUUUGAUUAGAUUUCAAUUCAGUUAAAUUCAGAGUUUAGUGAAUCAGUUCAUCUUGCUUUAGAGCAUUUUUGUAAGCAUGGUCACCAAGUUCUCAUGAGCUAUAAAGAUAUGAUAUUAGCUAUGAAGAUUUGCUGCAGUCAUUGAGUCUUGUGUUACCCAUAACUUCAUGUAUCUAAAACUGUACGCUGCGUUUUAGCUAAAUAAACAAAUUAAUGCAUUGUAACUAUGCAAAUUCAUUUGUUAAACUACAAUGUAUUUUCUUUUCUGUCCAAUAGGUUAGACAAUCAUGGUUCUCUGUGGCAGUAUGAUGUUCAUCAUUUUCGUGUUGAGCGUGAAUUGGUGCAGUUCUCAUGGGAUGGAACACAAAGACAGGUAAAGAUGCAAAAUUGUCAAGUUAAAAAAAGAGGGUUUAUUCUCUAAGGCCUCAAUUUAAUAUUCUGGGAUAAACUUUCCGAAUUAUUUUUAUAUAUUUCGAUAAAGUUAUAUAUAAAAAAAUGUAUCAACAUGUUAAAAUAUUCUUUAGGAUAUUAAAUCAUUUUAAAAGUUUAUCCAAAAAUAUGAAAUCAUUUUGAAAAUUGUAUCUAAUAUAAAAGCAAGGCCUAAAUCACACAUUGUGUAGAAAUGACAAAGAGAAUUUCACAUUUAAAGCAAAAAAUUGUUGGAGAAUUUUUCAAAUUCUGCUAAAAUAUGGUUGGAAUUCCUUUCCUGGCUCUCCAUGAUUCCAUCACAGUGUCUAUACAGAUUUAAUACAUUCUUAUUGAAUAAGAGAUCACUUUGGUUUCGUUGACAAUAAAAGUAACUGGAUUAUUCCUUUACAGACGAAUGCCUCCCCCAGUAAUGUCUUUGUUGGAUAAAUUAAGAAGCUUCAAAACUCAAGAAUCUGCAAGAAUUGUCAGAGAUGUUGGUGAUGAACAUUUGAGCAAAGACAAUGACCUUACAGAAUUUACUCCCCAAAAGCAAACCGAUAAUUCGAUGGAUAGCUUUCACAUUCCACUAAGGUAAGGAAAGUUUUAUGUGUGGGUACAAGGAAGUGUGUAAUAUCUGCCUUAGCCACUCCUCCAGUAGGGCUGGGCUGUGGAUGACCAAGGACCGUUAUUCAAUGUUAAACUCUUUAAAAAUGGUUUAACAUUGAAUGAAGGGACAGUGCCAGGGGAUGCAAGGCACUAUAACCAAUUCAAUGAAAAGAAAGGGUAGCUCCCCUUUUGUUCACCAUUUAACAAAUUUGAGUAACUGUAAAUACUGACCAUAUGUAUCUCUCUUUUUCCAGCUCACAGCUUCAUCAAAGACAAAAACGUUAUAUCUCCUCAAUUUCCAUGCGUGGUUGCCACUUGGGCACCUGCCAAGUCCAGAACUUGGCUAGUAUGCUCUACCGCCUGGGAAAUAACAGCUUUAAAGAUGGGUCCAACAAAGAUACCAAGGAUCCUUUAGGCUAUGGACGUAGACGUCGUUCCUUGGUACAGAACCCCAAAAUAACUGACAUACUCCAAAAACUGCUGGCCACUUAAAACUCCACCGAGGACUUUUUUUGCACUUACUCCACUAUUUGAAGAAAGCAUGAUGGAAUCUCACAAAACGUAGUGCAGAAUUUUUUGGUCUUCGGAUUUCCUGUGGAGUUAAAAAAACAAAAUCCUACCUUGGAGAUGUACUCCUCGGCUGGGUGGUCAGACCGCAAGCAAGCUAGUUCCAGAACCAGAAAUGACACUAAGUGUGUAGUGAUACACUUGACUUAAAUAGAAGGAAUAACAUAUUUCUGCACUGAAAUUUUCUAGUUAAAAAAAGUAGAAAAAUGAAAUCAUAACUGUAGUCUCAUUUUUUUCUAGCAUAUUACAGAAACUACUGUAAUAAGGAGUGUUCUUUCCAAAAAUAACACACUUAUCUCCUUUACCACUACUGUGUAAUUCAGUGUGCCAAAAAUAAUAUUGUUAAGCCAUAUUUAGAAUGAUGUGAAUUAAAUACUUUGUUGUGGUGGAAGAUGACUCAAAACCUAUUGGUAGGUCAGCAGGGUGAAAGGUUAGAUAAUGGAGUUUUAUCUUGUGUGUAUUCAAGGUUCUUUUCAGGGUUGCAGGUAAAAAAUAUGUUCAAUGUUUACAUGAAUUCUUGACAUUCAUUCCAAACAGAAUUGUCUUCCUUUUCUACCUCUGAGAGUAGGCUUGUUCUGCUGAACAUUCCAAGCUGAAAACCAAAAAUGGAAUAGGAAGAGUCCUUACUUCUCUAAGAGCUAGAUGGAACUGCAGUAUUCCAAGUUUCGUUUUCUUUGCAUAAAAGAAAUAUUCAACAUUCCAAGUUAGAAUUAAAUAAGUACUCGGCAAAUGCAGACAUGCUUGAUACCACUUGCAUAUGUAUUAAUUACUGUACAAACAAUGAUCUAUGACAAAACUACCUCACAUGAGGUAUGCGUGAGAAACAAAAUGGCUGCUUCCUAUAGCCAUGUUGUUGACGAUUUGAUUUUUACAUCAAGAAGGUAGAACCUGCUGUGAGCAAAGGCUACACAUUAUGAAGGUGAUUACGUCUUUCAAGCAUAAUUUUAGAAAUAACUUUUUUUUUUUUUUUUUAAAGUUCCCUAAAGUAUCACAAAAAAAUAUAUCUGCAGAUAUAGCUCAGGCCAUAGAGUAUUACUUAGGACCAGAGGUCAACCUAGGCCUUACAGCUGCUGUUGACUGGCAGUGUAUUCUGGGAAAGAAGUGGACACUAAUGUUCUAAAGUGUAGGAGGAACCAAACCAAGUUCAAUAUGGUCUGCGUGUUCCUUUGCUCUGGGUAGAAGAGAUUGUAAAUAGGAUCUGUUAAAUAUAAAUGUAAGUGUAAUGUCUACACAUUCAGCACAUGUAUUUAUAGUUUUUGCAGUCAUUCAAUGUCUAAAUAUUUUAAAUUAAGUUUUUAAGUUAUAUAUGAUGAGGAACAUAAAAUAUUAUUUUGAAAAUAUACAUUUUGUGAAGGCACUUUUCUUACAUGGGAACGAUGAAUGUUGUUCACUUAUUAAAAG